AUGGCCAGCGGAGGCGGUUUAGAGAUAUGGCUAGAAUUCGCUAUAGGAAUGGCAGCAUUUAUGCUUAGAUUUUUUGCAAGAUGGAAGCAUGUUGGAUUUAAUAAGUUUGCUCUUGACGAUGUUUUCUGCUCUAUAGCCAUGGUGUUCUUCACGCUCGAGGCUGGCCUAUGUUAUUUUUGUGAAACAUAUGGUACUGUUGCCGGACUUACAGCAACCACUUCACCGUUAGCUUCUGCACAAGAGAAGCAUGAUUUCCGCAUUGGGGCUAUAUGCUUAUUUGGUGCUUGGAUAUCAUUUAUCACUCUCACUUGGACAUUGAAAGCAAUCCUUCUUUCACUUUAUGACCGACUCACGCUCGGUUUACGGCAACAUAAGAUGAUAAAAUUCGUUGCUGGGUUUUGUAUAUUCUCAUGGGCCACUUGCCUUAUUGCCCAUUUUGCAAUAUGUGUCCCGGUUGAAAGGAAUUGGCAAGUUGACCCAUAUCCUGGUGACAAUUGCGUUCUUCGUAGACCUCUUCAAGCACUUGUUGGAAUUCUUAAUAUCUUAUCAUAUUUAGGAGUCAUGGCUAUUCCGCUCCCACUUUUAUUCGCCGCACGAAUGCCUCUCUAUCGAAAGUUGAUCCUUGGAUGUCUUUUCUGUUCUGGUAUUCUCGUCACCGUCAUAGUUAUCCUGCGAGUAUACUCUUCGCUCAGGAAUUCUGGAACCCUAUCAAAUGUUAUCGCAUGGGCAUUUCGGGAAUCUUUUAUAUCGGUCAUUGCUGCCACAGCCCCCGGAAUUAAGCCACUAUUCAACCGAUCGAACUGGGUCAAUAACCCCUCAGAGGAUGUAACAGAGGCGAACAAUCGCGUACAUUCUUCUACUCAUAAAUUAAAUGGGGGAAACAUCAGUGCGAUAGCUGGAUCUAAAGAUGUGCAAAAAGGAGUUGGUGGUCGCCAGUACAUUGAACUUGGGCAUACUGAAAAUUGGCCCUUGAAGGGGAAGAAAAAUAGUGUCGAUGCAAAGGUUAAGGAACACGCGACAAGUUCUUCGAGUCAGGAACAUAUUGUUGCUGGAACUGAUGAUGUUCGUGCUAUUCAUGUAACGACUGAAUAUGCACUUCAGGAAGAGAUUGUUUCAACGGAUUCGAGGGAUUCCAGUGAUACUGAAUAUCAGAAGAAUGAUACAGACAUAAAAUCUGGUAGUUGA